UUCCUUUCCUUGUCACUUGCUGAGGAUUGAUCUGAAUUCCUUAUCAACUUUUACUUUCGACUUACGCCUACGACUUCAAUCUCAUCAAACGAGCUCAUCUCAAUCAAUCAGAAACCUUCAAAGUGCUUACCUCGAGCGACAAAGAUAGUUUAGUUUUCUUUCUAACAUUAUUGAAUGUGGUGGAUUACGAUUCUUAAAGUGAUAUGGAUCGAAAUCCAACUGAAUUGAUAGAGCCAUAUGACUUUUUACUCAAAUUCAUUGUCAUAGGCGAAUCAGGUACCGGGAAAUCUUCAUUACUUUAUCAUUUCUUAAGAUCUCAACCUCGUCAUCCAUCUCCUCAUACAAUAGGAGUCGAAUUUUCUUCUACGAUCUUAUCAUUACCUUCAGCUUCUUCUUCAUCAUCUUCUUCAAGUUCACAUCCUACUUGUCGUAUGAAACUGCAACUUUGGGAUACAGCUGGUCAAGAAAGGUUUAGAAGUGUCACUCGUAAUUAUUAUCGUGGUGCGGCUGGUGCGAUUUUAGUUUACGAUAUUUCUGAUCGAUCAACAUUUUCAAGUUUAUCAUCUUGGUUAACAGACGCAAGAGCCUUAGCAUCACCACAUUUAGUAGUAGUCUUAGUAGGAAACAAAGUAGAUUUAGAAGAAGAGAAUCGACAAGUAGGAGAAUUAGAAGCAUCAGAUUGGGCUAAAUCACAUGACUGUUUAUUUUUAGAAACUUCUUCUUUAACAGGCGAAUCGGUUUCAUCUCCUUUUUUAUUACUUACUAGAUCUAUUCUUUUGUCAAUUGAAUCUGGUAGGAUUGAUCCUGAUCGGAAUGGUUCAGGUAUUAGUUAUGGUGAAAGAGCUUUGAAGAGAGUUUCUUCUUGGGGUGCAGGGUCGGGUGACGGGUUUGAACUUUCUGGUGGGAAUGGAAUCGGGUUUAGUGGAAAGAAAGUUUUAAGAAUGGUUGGAUUAAAAGGAAAAUGUUGUUAAGAUCCUUUGAUUUUCUGAUCAUCGUCUCUUUCAAUUCUCUUUUCGAGUUUCUAUUCUUGUUGGUUUUGGUUUGAUUUUGGAUAAGGGUUUUUUUUUCUUUGGUCAUGAUGAAGUUUACAAAUUAUCUGCAUGGUGGUUUUAAUUCCUCUUCUUCUUUUUCAUCUUCUUUUCAAGCUCAUGAAUGAAUUUCUUUCAAUUAAUUGUUGUUAUGUGUGUAUAAUAAUACAUUUUCAUUAUAUCAAUAUCCAAACUCACUUUCAGUUAUAUCUUUUUUUUCAAUAUCAUCAAGCAUUGUUUUUUGCAAAAGAUUUAAAAGCUCUUACAAGUUAUUAAACAUAAUUUAUUUACACAUCUCUUGCC